GAUUUCGAAUUUCGAAUUCCUCCUCCGCUCCCAAUCCCGCGACGCAGCAGACGCCCACCCCCGGCCUCCAGAUCCGAAGCGGCCACCGGCGCGCCCGCAGCCGAUCGAUCGACCGACCAGGACCAGGGACAGGGGUCAGCGGAGGGAGGGAUCGAUGGCGGAUGCGUUCGACAUGUACCGGCGGUCGGUGAUCGGCGUGGCCCUGCUGGAGACGCUGAACGAGAUGGUCGACUGCGGCAAGCUCAGCCUCGACCUCGCCAUCAACGUCCUCCUGCAGUUCGACAAGUCCAUGUCCCACGCGCUGGAUAAGCAUGUCACGAGCAGGGCCACCUUCAAGGGCGGCAAUCUGCGCACGUACAGGUACUACGACAGUGUGUGGACUCUCAACCUGAGAAACACGACGUUCAAGAACGAGGAGAUCGAAGUCGUCCUCCCCAAGGUGAUGAUCGUGGCCUGUGAUAUGAGACUGAUUGCCGAGCCUGAAGAACCUAUUACUUGCCAGCAGUGCCAGUAGUCCAGCACCUUUAAUCAUACUCCCCUUCAUGAUAGACCAGGCGCCACCCCAAACUAGACGGUCAUCAGUAUCGCUUAUGGAAUGAUCCCCAGGAGCAUCUAGGCGGCUUCCAUUGUGCCAGAACAUAAUUGCUGUGAAUUUGUUAGCGUUUGCAUCGCUUAUGGAAGGAUGAUCUCGCCCUUUCGUGCCGAUGACAUAUCUUGUGGAUGAGUGGAACUAGGAAUAUAAUGUGGAUGAAUGGAACUAUGAAUAGAAUGUGUGUGAUUUUGUCUAACUA